GGCUUCUGGAAGACCCUCGUCGUCACUGCUGGGCUCAUCUCGAAGGACCUCAGAAAAACGGGCCGAUGUGCCCAAUCCAUGUCAGCGUGCGCCCGAUCCUCCCCAGGCAGCCACUGCCUGUGCAGGCACCUGCGCUCAAGGAGGGCCCGCCCGCCCGCGCUCGGGGGACGAUGGAGAGCUUCCUGACCAGCAUUUACGCUGGUGACGACGUGUCCCGGCCCACCUUCCUCGAGCUGGUGUACCAGGAGCAGCUCUGCGACUUCCCGCGCCCGGCCAUCCAGGUCCUCAUAGCUAGGAGAGCGCGCCUCCCUGGCUGGUGCCGCUGCUAGCGCGCUGGGAAGCGCUCUACAGCGGCGCCGUUCUGCUGCUGCAGCUGGGGUACCUGCGCGGGCACGCGGCGAGCCUCUCGGAGCACUUCUGCGGCCUGCGGCGGCAGCAGGCCGCUCCCAGGCGCCGCCUCUCGAUGCUCGAGGAGGUGGAGCUCCAGAGGCAGCGCAUGUUGGCUCCGGGCCUAGCAGCGCGGCAGCAGCUGGCUUCCCUGGUGGCGCUGGUGCUGCUGCCGUGGGUCCGCCAGCUGCUGGAGGCCCGCUGGCAAGAGGUCGCAGCGUCCGGCGCGCGCAGCGCUUGGCAGCUGCUUCUGCUGAGGCUCUACCCCGCGGUGCAUGGUGUCAGUGGCACGGUUGCGCUGGCAUACAAGGUGUUGUACAUGCUCGGGCAGACCGACAUCUGGUCGCCGAGCCUGCACCUCUUAGGGCUGAGGCUGGUGAGGCACUUCCCGGACCCUGCCGGCCUGGACGAUGCCGAGCCAAAGGGGAAGCUCGUGCGCAUUUGGGGGGCGCUGUCUGCUGGUUGGAGCGCCUCCCUGUGGGGCGCCGCCUACGCGAUGCAGUUCGCGCAGUGGUGGUUCGCGCGCGAGCACCUGCUGCAGCCUUACCGGCCGCGGAGGGUGCCCCCGCCGCCCCCGCCGAGGCCGCCCUACGCAGAGGACGCCCCCGUGCUGGCGCCUGCGGCGGCCGCCGGCCCCGGCGGCCCCGGUGCGCCGGCUGCCGAGGGCCGGCGCCUCGUGCUGCUGCCGCAGGACCGCACGGUGUGCCCGCUGUGCCACCGCGUGCGCCGGAACCCGGCGGUGUCGGCCGCUCGUGGCAGCGCCCGGCAUCCGUGCCUCGUUCCGCACGUGCAGCGCCAUGGACACUGCCCCGUGACCGGCGUGCCCAUGGCGGUGGAGCAGAAUACGGCGGAUCAGAGACGACGCCGAAGGCGCUGGUUGAGCACAGCGGCGCCGAUCGUUGGACAAAAA